GUGUGCAGCUCGGCUGGCCUCCCCUCCUUGCUCUUGAAUGGACUAGAUUCCCAGCCACGUAAGAAGCACAGCGGCACCACAGGAGAGAGGAUGUCCUGCUGAAUCAAGGGAUUGGCCUGGGAGAGUCGGCCGUCCCUUCCUUCCUAACAUCAAGCUUCUUUUUAUUAUUUUUUUUUUAAAGAAUAACAGCAGCACAUACAAGAGAGACGCCACUUUUCCCCCUUCCAGUGGAGAUAAAGAGAGAGGACGUCGACUCCCACACAAAGAGCUCCGGAUGGGGUUUUCUCCUCCCGUGCUGGAUGACAAUCACCGUGCAUGGAUGUGAUCCCGGCGAAGGCCGUGCACUCACCUAGUACUAGUUAGCACAGCGAGCUAACUAGUUAGCUCUGCACCUGCUAGCCAUCAUUUCUCUGUCACGUUUCUGUUAAAAUUAAGCUUAGGGAAUAUUUCGUUUUGUGUAUUUUUCUCCCUCCUUCCUCUCUGUGCCUGGAAGUUGUAUAAGACAAAUUAAUUUCCGUUUUUUUUUUUUUCAUUUUUCCCGAAACGUGCCAUACCGGCGAGAUAAGCUAGCUGCGAGGUAACUCAGCACUCUUCAUUCAUUUUAAAAGCCAACUUUUUUUCCCCCCUCAGCCUUUGUUGCAGCUUCCCUCCGUGUCUGCUCGCCUCUUGCGUUCAUGUAUUUGCAGCACGGCCGUGCAAAGGUUUUUCCCUCGACUCGGAUCGGCAGUCUUCUCAUUUUACCCCUGAAUGGAAAACAAAGGGGGGCAGAUGGACAGUAACGAAUAACACAGCCAUUCCUUCUUCCUCACUUUUUAUUUUUAUUUUUUUUUAAUUUUUUUGCCUGUUGAUUGUCUAAUUUCUGGAAGGUUGCACUUAGUUUUCGUUUUGUAACUAGGUUAUCUGAAGAAUUGCUCUAUUUUGCACUGAGUCAACAAAGUGUUGCGCCCGAUCGAAGAGGAGGAAGCCCCCCGACUUUGUGGAGUUAUCGCACUUAUUCCUCAUGAACAUACAGAGGUCAAAUCCUAUUAACAUUUCACGUUAUGGGAGAUCGCGGCACAAAUCGCACGAUUUCGAAGAGCUGUCUUGUCUAAGGACUACAGAGUCGCACCAGAGCUUCAGUCCUAACCUCGGGUCCCCCAGCCCGCCGGAGACCCCGGACUCCUCGCACUGUAUCUCCCGCAUCGGGGACUACCUUUUGUUGGAGCCACUGGAGGGAGACCACGUUUUCAGAGCCGCCCACCUGCACAGCGGGGACGAGCUCGUAUGUAAGGUUUUUGACAUUGGCCGAUACCAGGAGUCGCUGGCGGCCUACUUCGCCCUGGGCCAGCACCAGCACAUCAACCAAAUCCUGGAGAUUUUGCUCGGGGAGACGCGAGCUUAUGUGUUCUUCGAGAGAAGCUAUGGCGACAUGCACUCUUUCGUCCGCACCUGCAAGAAGUUGCGAGAGGACGAAGCCGCCAGGCUCUUCUAUCAGAUAGCGUCGGCUGUGGCACAUUGCCACGAUAACGGACUGGUCCUCCGUGACCUGAAACUGAGGAAGUUUGUCUUCAGAAAUGAGGACAGGAGCCUGGUGAAGCUGGAGAGCCUGGAGGACACGUACAUCCUGGACGGCCACGACGACUCCCUGUCCGACAAGCACGGCUGCCCGGCCUACGUCAGCCCCGAGAUCCUCAACGCCAACGGCAGCUAUUCAGGGAAGGCGGCCGACGUGUGGAGCCUGGGCGUCAUGCUCUACACCAUCCUCGUGGGGCGCUACCCCUUUCACGACGUGGAGCCCGGCUCCUUGUUCAGCAAGAUCCGCCGGGGCCACUUCAACAUCCCCGAGACGCUGACGCCCAAGGCCAAGUGCCUGAUCCGCUCCAUCCUCCGGCGCGAGCCCGCCGAGCGCCUCACCUCCCGGGAGAUCCUGGAGCACCCCUGGUUCGCCUCGUCCGGGGCGCUGGGGGGCGCGGCGGCGGCGGCGGCGCACGGCCGGGGCGAGCGGGAGCAGGAGCAGACGGUGCCCGAGGUGAACAUGGAGGAGGAGCUGGAGCAGUUCUUCAGCUGAGCCAGACCACAGCAAGCACAACACGGACGACUCCGCCACGGUCGGCUCGCCGCGCUCACAGCCGAGCCCAAAAAAAGGAAAAAAAAAAAAAAACCAGUAGUUUAGAAAUCAAUAGGUGAAUUUGUCACUCAUAAUAAAGGUGUUUCCAUCCUGUUUCCUUUUUACCACCAUCUCAUGGAAAACCUUGAGCCCGGCAUGACAAAUGGCAUCUAUACGUCACCCGGCGGCGGCGCGCGUCCCGGGUCGGGGCCGCCGCCGUCAAGACAUGCAAGUCGCAAACAAUGUAGCAAAUGUUCUUUUUCGGACGUGUUUGGUUUAAUGUGGUGCUCAUAAAUGUAGACACACUCACCAUUUCUGACACAACGGAAAGCAUGAAGGGACAUGACCAACACAGCAGACCAAGGAGGACGGUCCAGAGUGAACUGACAGACUGCGACGGCGGUCCAGGAGGGCGGUUUGUUUUCUUUUUUUUUUUUUUUUUUUUUUUUUUUUUUUGUUAGCUUUAGGUGGUAAGAAAAGAAACCACACCCAGAGUCAGAACAGCUCUAACUUCUGCUAGCGCUGACCCCUGACCUCGGACCACCGGUUAACAAACGGAGCAGCUUAGGAUUUUUUUUUUCUUUUUCUUUUUUUCGUUCCUCUCUUACUGACAUGCUAUGUCUCUCGGUUUAAGUUUUGUGUCUGCAUUCUUUCAUUAAUCCGUCACUAAAACUCCCCGAUGGCCUUGAUUUCAGCUUUCUCCCUACAAUGUUUUUGUUUUCCGUGAACCCAUCCCUUGUUUUCAGCUUUUUUCCCACUCAGUCAUUACUGCUGCUUUUAAUGUCACUCCCUGAACCUGAACCUGAACCUGAACCUCGCUCUUUAAGAAGCGAUCUCUCGGCGAGCCUCUCCACGCAGCAACAUGCACUUAACGUGUUCGGUGAACGGUCGAUUCCACCUUAAAUUAGCUUCCUGUUUUAUUUAAAUUCACUCUUUCAGUUGUAGGAACGAGAGCAUAACAUUUAUUUAAAGUGUAACAGCUAUAUGAAUAUAUAUAAAUAAUUAUAUAAAUAUAUAUUUAAAACUACAUUGCAGGGUUUUUCUUUAUCCAGAGAUUCCUUUUUUUUUUUUCUUGUAUGAUGUAGGCAAUAUCUUGACACGGGACGGCGCCCGGAGGAGGAGCGCCCGUCCCAAGUUGGAGAACACAAAAUCUUUUCUGUGCCAGUAUUCCUGUGCCCCCGACGGCCCACGCCACCCAGUCUCCCGCGUUUUUUUUUUUCUUUCCUUUUAGGAAAACUUGAUCAGAGAUCUUCAGCGGUCACGACCCCCAGAACGCCACGUCAGUUUUUUAAGUCUUUUUUUUUUUUUUUUUUUGUGGGUUCUGUGAGACGGUCGUGCUCGGGACGGGUACCAGUGGACGCGUUUUGUCGUAUCUCAAUGUUACUUGAAUUUGUGUUUUUUUUUUUUUUAAAACCUAGUCAUCGGCAUGUGCUCCAUGAAUGCUAUAGCCUGCCUAGCAACGGGUGGGAGUCUGGGGCGGGGGUGGGACGGGAGACCGGAGGGUGCUUGUUUGUUUUUUUUUAAGAAAAAGUUUUUGGAAGAAAAAAAAAAAAUCAUCUAAACUCUCAAUUUGCUACUUUUCUGAGUUGCUUUUGGAUUUCAAAAGAAAUGACUAUUUGCUUUCUUUGUUUUUUGUAGACUAAGCUACCUUUUAUUUAAGUUGAUUCUGAUUUGGUGCUAAUGUUUAGUCCUUUUUUGUUUUUGUUUCGUUUCAUGGAGGGGGGUGGUGCAUGGUGGGAUAUCUGCCUCAGAUGUUCUGAUUGUAUCGUAACAGAUUCUGGUGUUUUGUCCAAAUUUAUUCAGUAAAUAAAUUGUGAACUGCUAUUUGA